AUGGUGCUGGGAAAACACGAGCUCGAAGGCAAGCUCGGCGAGGAGAGCCUCUUGAUUAAGAGCGGCGUACUGCGGGACGAGAACCCGCUCGACACGAGUGCAGAGUUCCAUGAUUUCCUGCUGGCGUGUCGGAGGGGCGAUUUGCGCAAGUGCCAGGAGCUCAUUGGCAUGGGGGUCAACAUCAACGGCAAGGACAAGUUUGAUUACACGCCCUUGAUCAUCGCCAGUUUGUGUGGACAUUAUGAGCUGGUUCAGCUGUUGCUAGAAUCCGGCGCCCUCGCAGAGAGAAACACAUUCCAGGGAGAGCGCUGCAUAUACAACGCCCUCAACGACAGAAUCCGCAACCUGCUGCUGCAGUACGACUUCUCCAAGAGCUCAGAUCCCUACGUCUACUGGUCAUCACACAUUUCCACCCUGCUGGGCCGUCCGGCUCCGCAAACCACGGACAUCUCGCUCGAUGCCGAGACAAAGUCCUUCAACCUGCACAAGUUCCUGCUGGCAUCCAGGACGCCCUACUUUCGCAGGAAGCUCCAGGCGGCCCCGGAAACCGCAUCGUGGAAACUAUCAUCGACGAUCCCCGUGGAGGCGUUUCAGAUUGCCGUCCGGUACAUUUACCUGGGCGAGGUGCCGAGGGAUCUUGCGCCUCCGGGCAGCACCGCCACGGAGGAAGACGUUGCCAAGGGGCUGGACAAGAUCAGCAAGCUGCUCGAGAUUGAACAGCUGUGGGAGGCCAUCCUUGUGGGAAAUGACCGUCGAUUGGCACGGCAGCGGUAUCAGGACGAGGUCGAGAGGGCGUUGAACCAGCUGGGCGACUUCUUCCAGGAGAGCGUCUUGGCGCAUAAGAUGGUUGUCGACACAGACCGCGUCGACGAAGUCCGGUGGAAGCACGACAACUCCAUCUUCGCAGACAUCCUCCUGCGAGCAGACGAAGCCGUCAACGAAGAAACAGACGGCCGCCCUGCCGAUCCAAUCUCCGGAUACACCGCCGCCGCCGGCAUCCCCAUCGGGCCCUCUUCCCAGACCAACGGCUCGAAAAGGACGAGGAAGUCGGUCCUGUAUCCCGCCCACAAGGCCAUGCUCAUCCGCAGCGAGUACUUUGACAAGAUGUUCUCGGGCGACUUUGUCGAGUCGAAAAAGUCGGAGCACCUGCACGUCAUCACCGUCGACUGCACGCCCGCCGUCCUCGAGCUCAUCCUGUCCUUCCUCUACACCGAAAACGCCGCGUGCCCGCUCGAGCACGCGCUCGACCUGCUCUACGCCGCCGACAUGCUCUUCCUCGACAGCCUCAAGAACAAGGCCGCCAUCGCCAUCAGCACUCUCGGCAGCGGCACGACAAACGCCCUCAUCGACCGCACGCACAACGUAGAGGUAGAGCCCAUCAACAUCUACGACGUCAUCCACGCAGCAUGGGAUCUGCGCGUCCAGCGCCUCGAAGAGUUCGCCGCCCGCUACCUCGCCCAGCGUCUGGAGGACUACAUCGACGAGCCCGACUUCCACGAGCUCAUCCGCGAGAGUGCCGACCGCAUCACCAAGCGUGAGGAGACGGACACCAUUGAGCUGCUCGACGAUAUCCGGUAUUACCUCUCGGAGCGCUUCCGCCUGCGCUUCGAAGACGCCGGCCUGGAGGAGAUGAUGGACGAGGACGGCGAGAUUAGCGCCCAGAUGGUAGCUGCGCUGGCUAAUGGCUCGGCAGACGUUGCUGAUGCUACUGCUGCCGUUGCUCAGCUUGACGUGAAUGGAGAGAAGAAGAAUGAAAACAACGUUGUUGAAGGGGGGGAUGAAGCAGUGCGGACGUUGGAUGGGGAGACGGCCGAGGAUGAGUUUGCCUCGGAUGCCAUCAAUUACCAGAUUUUGCUGCAAAAGAUUGAUGCCAUGCUGGAACGACUGAAACUGGAUGCAUAA